UCGGGAAGUCGGAAUUUGGAUUGUUUGCCGUCGUUUCUCCGCACUCGCUAGUCCUGGCACUGCCAGCGCCGCUGCCGCCACCAUGGGGAAGCGACAGCAUCAGAAGGACAAGAUGUACAUUACCUGUGCUGAAUACACUCAUUUCUAUGGUGGCAAGAAACCAGAUAUCCCACAAGCCAAUUUUCGUCGUUUACCUUUUGAUCACUGCAGUCUCUCUCUGCAGCCCUUCGUCUACCCGGUCUGCACCCCUGAGGGUGUCGUCUUCGACUUGCUUAACAUCGUCCCUUGGCUUAAGAAGUAUGGGACCAACCCCAGCAACGGAGAGAAACUGGACGGGAGGUCCCUGAUCAGGCUGAACUUUGCAAAGAACAAGGAAGGAAAGUACCACUGCCCAGUGCUGUUUACCGUGUUCACCAACAACACCCACAUUGUAGCUGUCAGGACCACCGGCAAUGUCUACACCUACGAGGCAGUGGAACAGUUAAAUAUCAAGGCCAAGAACUUCCGAGACCUGCUGACGGACGAGCCCUUCUCUCGGCAGGACAUCAUCACCCUUCAGGACCCCACCAAUUUGGACAAAUUCAACGUCUCCGAUUUCUUUCAUGUGAAGAAUAACAUGAAGAUGACAGAUCCUGAUGAAGAAAAGGCCAAACAGGACCCAUCUUAUUAUUUAAAAAAUACGAAUGCCGAGACCCGUGAGACGUUGCAGGAGCUCUACAAGGAGUUCAAAGGGGACGAGGUCCUGGCGGCCACCAUGAAGGUCCCCGAGAAGAAGAAAGUGGACAAGCUGAACGCCGCGCACUAUUCCACCGGGAAGGUCAGCGCCUCCUUUACCUCCACUGCCAUGGUUCCGGAGACCACACAUGAAGCAGCCGCCAUUGAUGAGGAUGUGCUGCGCUACCAGUUUGUGAAGAAGAAGGGCUACGUGCGCCUGCACACCAACAAGGGCGACCUCAAUCUGGAGCUGCACUGCGACAUGACGCCGAAGACCUGUGAAAACUUUAUCAAGCUCUGCAAGAAGCAGUACUAUGACGGCACCAUCUUCCACAGGUCCAUCCGGAACUUUGUGAUCCAGGGGGGUGACCCCACCGGCACAGGCACAGGUGGGGAGUCGUACUGGGGAAAGCCCUUCAAAGACGAGUUCCGGCCCAACCUCUCGCACACGGGCCGGGGCAUCCUCAGCAUGGCCAACUCAGGUCCCAACGCCAACAAGUCUCAGUUCUUUAUCACCUUUCGAUCCUGUGCGUACCUGGACAAGAAGCACACCAUCUUCGGGCGGGUUGUUGGGGGCUUUGACACGCUGACAGCCAUGGAGAACGUGGAGAGUGACCCCAAAACCGACCGCCCUAAGGAGGAGAUCCGCAUCGACUCCACCACCGUGUUUGUGGACCCCUACGAGGAGGCCGAUGCUCAGAUUGCUGAGGAACGGAAGAAGACGCAGCUCGAGGAGGCGGCCCCAGAAAGUGCUAUAAAAACUCAACAGCCCAAGGCGGGGAGCCAAGGCCCCCAGACGUACCGCCAGGGGGUGGGCAAGUACAUCAACCCAGCAGCCACGAAACGGGCAGCAGAGGAAGAGCCCUCAACCAGCACAGCUGUCCCUGCAGCCAAGAAAAAGCCCAGCCGAGGCUUUGGGGACUUCAGCUCCUGGUAGGAGCAGGUCUGCCCCUCUGGAGCCCUAGAGGGCCUCAGGGCUUGGGGGCCUGUAUCCACACCACAGAGUUCUCUGCCUUUCUGACUACAGCUCACUAAAGCUCCUGCUUGUUGCAGGAGUCCCCUUUCUUGGCCCUGGGAGUCCACGGGCCUUCCCCGCCUUCACUCGGUUCAGUGGCCCGACCCUCUUCCCAGGCCGGGGCCAAGCCCG